AUGGGCUUCUGGACCCGCCAACCGACCGCCGCAAAGGACUCAUCGGCUCCAAUCGAAGCAGCAGCAGCAGCAGCUUCCCACCAAUCUCCCAAUGAUACACCUGCCGUCCAACAGAAUACACCCAGAUCCCGCGACGAUGUAGCCGAGGAAGAAUUCUCUGCUCUUCUCAAAACUCUCCACGAUGAAGACCCCUCUCGCAAGGAGGCUGUUCCACAAAACAACUUCCAGGAUACAUUAUAUCCAACUACCAUGUCCUGCCGUGAAGCCUUCGAUGAACUUUACUUCUGCUACUCUCUGGGUGGCCAGUUCAAGAACUUGUACCGCCAUGGCACCUACCGUCAAUGCGAGGAUAAGUCAGCAGACUUUUGGUUCUGCAUGAGAACAAAGAUGUACGGACCAAAUACAAAGAAAGAAAUGAUUGUCAAAUAUCACAAAGAGAAGGAGGCAGAAAAAUACAAGAGGGGGCCGAGUUCAGAGGAUGUUUGGAAAGUAAGAACAGAGCCUCUGGAAGGACAAUUCAUGGGAACCUUUGGAGAUACCAGAGAAAAGGAACCUCACGAAAGAGAUAUAUAG